AUGGUCGUCGCUACCAUCAAGUGUGUCGUGGUGGGGGACGGUGCUGUAGGAAAGACCUGUCUGCUCAUCUCAUACACAACGAACAAGUUCCCUUCGGAAUAUGUCCCCACUGUCUUUGACAACUACGCCGUGACCGUGAUGAUCGGCGAUGAGCCCUACACCCUUGGACUAUUUGAUACUGCCGGUCAAGAGGAUUACGAUCGCCUGCGCCCCCUCUCCUACCCGCAGACUGACGUGUUCUUGGUCUGCUUCUCCGUUACCUCACCUGCUUCAUUCGAGAACGUCCGCGAAAAGUGGUUCCCCGAAGUCCACCACCACUGCCCCGGUGUUCCCUGCCUGAUCGUUGGCACCCAGACUGAUUUGCGCGACGACGCCGGAGUGCGGGAUAAGCUCGCUCGCCAGAAGAUGUCGCCCAUCCGCAAGGAAGACGGUGAUCGGAUGGCUAAAGAACUUGGCGCCGUCAAAUACGUCGAGUGUUCCGCUCUGACACAGUAUAAGCUGAAGGAUGUCUUUGAUGAGGUACAUCGAAUCUUUGAUUUUUUGCUGCCCGAUAUCUCCACACCGCCACUAACCCGUUUCUUCUACUUUCUAGGCUAUUGUCGCGGCACUCGAGCCUGCGCCCAAGAAGAAGUCAAGAGGCUGCCUCUUGCUGUGAGAUUACUCUUCACGGACAUAUCGCAACAGGUCUGA